UUUGCGCAUGUUUAUCUUUGUAUAGCUACAGUCCUUGGCGGCCAGUUGUUGUUUUUCUAUUUUGAGUUUGUUGUGAAACCAUAUGAAAUAGAAAACUCAUACAAUUUUAGUUGAUUCCGAACGUAGUCUAUUCAAAUUUUGUUACGCUGACUGAGUACUACAUGUUGCUUUUGUAUCUGAACUAGUUGUUAAGUGCUCAAUGGGACGCUGAAAGUGACAACAGGGAAUGCAGCAAAGGAAAUCAGUGUCCACCGCACUAAGAAGACUGUGACGUUUUACGUCUACGAUGCCAAAAAGAUAUUAGAAGUUUACUUCAGGAAGUAUGGCUACCGCAAUCGAAUUCAAACUUCCGACGGAGGAACAAAAGGCGCUUGUUCGGCAAAAAGUGGGAACGACUGAGGAAGACAUUCGACAGGCUGUAUCGAGCUUACGCAGCUGGCUGCUGGCACAACCUCAUCUGCCCCACCUGAUAGACGAUGGGCGCCUGGAACGUAUGUACAUCAGCUGCAAAUGCAGCAUCGAGAAAAGUAAGAAGAUGUUGGACGCCUACUAUACACUCAAGAACAGAUUUCCGGAGCUCUUACUGAACCGGGACCCUCUGGGCGACGACAUACAAGACAUCAUAAAAUAUGUGACUCUGGUAAUAAUGCCACGUCUCACGGAGGACGGUCACCGAGUAACCUGCCUCACUGACAUUUGUCCCGACGCAACGAACAUGGAGAUGUUCAUGGUGUCUAAAUUGAAACUAAUGGCCACAGAAUACAUUCUUUCAUUCGACUAUUCUAUUGGUUACAUUAUCAUCAUGGAUAUGAAGAAUCUUUCAGCUGCACAUGUAAUGAAGAUAGGCGUCCGUGACAUUCGGGCACUGGAAACUAUUGUCAGGAGAGCAUAUUCCCGCCGUAUUGUGGCCGUACACUUGAUAAAUGCACCGAAGGUAAUUGAUAUGUUACUUUCAAUCGUGUAUCCAGCCAUUCCGGAGAAACUGCGGAGCAGGAUUCACGUCCAUCUCCCGGGAUCGCAAGAGUUAUUCAAACAUGUGGACAGAGAUCUGGUGCCUAACGAAAUGGGUGGUACCGGUGGUGCUUCACGGGACCUGAUGGCUGGCCUCAUGGAUCGGAUGGUAGCACUCAGGGACUGGUACAGGGAAGAAGACAAACACGUAGUGGACGAAACCAGAAGACCAGCAGACAGCCAGUAUGAUUACGAACUUUUCGGCGUGGACGGGUCCUUCAAAAAACUGCAGGUGGACUGACCGAAACGGUUUCUUCAUGUCAAUUUUCUUCGUGAUUGUUAUAGUACUGUGAUCAGCACUAGUGACGAGUAGAUAACCUCUUGAUUAAGUUUGUAUGUUUUAUAAGGUUCCAUACUGUGAUUUCCGAGACUUC